AUGGCUAACCUGGCAGCCCCCAAGUUUUCCCUGAAUGUAGGCGGUGCAUCAUCUUCAGAAGCUAAUUCUGAAAAUUUUGAGGCACUGACAGCUCGCAACUAUGAGGCUGCAGGUGAAGUUAUGAACCCCAUUGACUAUGUGGAGCUGUUUGAGGAUGAAGCUAAACAGAUAACAGAGGAACUAACAAAUGGUUUGACACAGUUGAGAAUGCUCUCUAUUGUUGGAAUGCCAGGAAUUGGUAAGACAACAUUAGCCAAUUCCAUAUACCAGAGUCCUUUAGUUCCUCUGCACUUCCAUGUUCAUGCAAGGUGUUGUGUCACUCAGUUGUAUCAAAAAAGAAGAUUGUUGCUGGAAAUUCUGCAACAAGUUAAUGCAAGAACCGAGCCAAGACAUGGAUUGACUGAUGAUGAAUUAGCAGAAGAGUUGUAUAGAAGUCUGAAGGGGAAAAAGUAUGUCAUCUUCUUUGAUGAUUUGUGGGAUACCAGGCUGUGGAAUGAUAUGAGUACCUCUUUCCCAGAUGAUAAUAUGGGAAGCAGAAUUAUGUUCACAAGCCGAUUUCAUAACAUUGUGUCACAAAUUGAACGUAAGAGUAUUACUUAUCCUCUCAAUCCCUUAUCAGAGGUUACUUGUUGGAAAUUGCUGGAAGUGAAGCUUUUUCAAAAAGAAUGCUGCCCUCAAGAACUUUUGGGAGUUGGAAUGCAAAUGGCUAUCAAUUGCAAAGGCCUACCACUUGCUGUGGAUUUGGUAGUUGGUCUGCUCAGAAACAAGGAGAGAAGACAAGAUUGUUGGGAACAAAUUGCAAAUAGUUUAAAUACACACCUUCUUGCAGAUCAACAGGGUCGAUGCUGGGGUAUACUAGAACUCAGUUACAACCAUUUGCCAAAUCAUUUGAAGCCAUGCUUUCUCUAUUUCAGAGCAUUUUCUGAGGAUGAAGAAGUUCCGGUAUCUGAGUUGAUGUGGUUAUGGAUUGCAGAAGGAUUUGUUCAACCACAAAAAGACGAGAAAGGAAGCUUAGAGGAUGUAGCUAAGAAGUACUUGAGCGAUCUAAUUGCUAGAAGCCUCGUAAUGAAAACCAAAAGAGGAUCUCUUGGUGGAGUCAAAGCAAGCCGCAUUCAUGAUCUACUGCAUGAUUUUGUCUUGGCAAAAGCUAAAGAAGAGUGCUUCAUGAAGGAAAUAAAUGGUUAUGAGCAUUUGAUUUCACCUUCUUGUGUCCACACAAUGUCCAAGCCAUACCGUUUGUUUGUCCAUUCCAGGUGGAUGGAUGGUGCUGCAAUAACAAAGCCUUCUGCUGUUCGCGUCCGCUCUCUGGUAGUCUCUCGAUUUGCAGCUUCAUGUCUAAAAUCCAAUUCAUUUGCUUUGCAAAAUUUCAAACUUCUGAGGGUGUUACAACUUUCAGACAUCAAAACUGACUGCUGGACUAGCGUAUUCUGCCUGUUUCAUCUGAGGUUCUUAUCACUCGAAACUUACUCAUAUAUGAUCCCACCAGAAAUAAGCAAUCUCCAGAGCCUGGAAACUUUUCUUUUGAGGCUGAAAAGAUACGGAGAAAUUGAAUUACCAGAGACUAUUUGGGACUUGGUGAAACUGAGACAUUUCAAGAUAUGGGGGUCAUCCACUUUGCCAAAAUACAAUCUGGAGAAAUUCUUCAAGUUUGAUAAUUUGCAAACACUUGCGACUCCAGCCUUUUGUUGUGGAGAAGAUACUGAGAAGAUCUUGAGAGGCUUACCUAGUCUUCGAAAGUUAAGUUGCAUACUUCUGGAUUCAUGGGAUAAUUCUUUGAAAUGCAACCGCUUUCCAAAUUUGGACUUCCUCACGCGACUUGAAUCACUCAAGGUGGAAUACAGUGGUGAGGUGCAACAACGUUGUGAGUUCAACUUCCCCUCGAAUCUCAAAAAGUUGACUCUCUCAAGGUUCUUCUUACCGUGGAGUGAAAUUUCGACCAUUGGAAGGCUACCUAAUCUUGAGGUUCUCAAAUUACUAUGCGGUGCAUUUGAAGGGAAAUUAUGGGACAUGACAGAAGGUGAGUUUCUUGAACUCAAGUUCUUGAUGUUGCAGAAUUUGAACAUUGCUCAAUGGAAUGCCUCAGAAGGGGAUCACCUUCCUUGCCUUGAAACACUAGUAUUGGCUAAUUGCAAUCAACUUGAGGAGAUCCCUUCUUGUUUAGGUGAUGUGCUAACGCUAGAGAAGAUUGAGUUGCAACAUUGCAGACGCUCUGUUGAGAUAUCCGCCAGGACAAUUAAGGAAAAACAAGAGGAAAUGGGAAAUGAGCAGUUUGUUAUCACCCUUAAAUGA